CUCCCGGAGAAAAGAAGGGAAAGAACAAAGCCUAGGGUUUUUCUCUUUCUCUUCUUCCAAUCUUGGAGAAUUUGCAGAGGAAAUUUGAAAAAUUUGAAUGGGGAAGAACGACUUUCUGACGCCAAAAGCGAUUGCGAAUCGGAUCAAAGCCAAGGGUUUGCAGAAGCUGCGAUGGUAUUGUCAAAUGUGCCAAAAACAAUGCCGGGACGAGAAUGGAUUCAAGUGUCAUUGUAUGAGCGAGAGCCACCAACGUCAGAUGCAAGUCUUUGGCCAAAACCCUAAUCGCAUCAUCGACGGUUAUUCAGAGGAGUUCGAGAGCGAAUUCCUUGAGCAUAUGAAGCGCAGCCACCGCUUCAGCCGUGUCGCCGCCACCGUCGUCUACAACGAGUACAUCGCCGACCGCCACCACAUCCAUAUGAACUCUACCGAGUGGGCUACGCUGACCGAGUUUGUGAAGUAUUUGGGGCGAACCGGGAAGUGCAAGGUCGAGGAGACGCCGAAAGGGUGGUUUAUCACCUAUAUUGAUCGAGAUUCGGAGACUCUGUUCAAAGAGAGGCUGAAGAAUAAGCGAAUGAGGGCAGACAUGGUAGAGGAGGAGAAGCAAGAGAGGCAAAUUAAGAGACAGAUUGAGAAAGCUGAACAGUUGAUGCCAUUGGUAGGUGGAUCUUCUCAGCCUAAUGAGUCGGAGCUAUUAUCUCUGAAAUCAGAGAAUGGUGGUAAGAUCGCCUUUGCCCUGGGUUCAUCUAAACCCAUUGUGAAAGAAAAAGUGGAGAGCUCGAAAUUGGUGUUUGAGGAUGGUGAGAGUGAGAACAUUGUGAAAGGUAAAGGUGCUGGUGGCAGUGGGAUUGGGGGCGUAUCAGCAUUAGAUGAAUUAAUGAGAGAGCAAGAGAAGGUGAAGGAACGGAAUAACAGAAAGGAUUAUUGGUUGUGCGAUGGAAUUGUUGUGAAGGUCAUGAGCAAAGCUCUGGCCGAGAAGGGUUACUAUAAGAAAAAGGGGAUUGUGCUCAAAGUGAUAGAUAGGUAUGUUGGGGAAAUUGAAAUGCUUGACAGCAAGCAUGUGCUUAGAGUUGAUCAAGAGGAGCUGGAGACUGUCAUUCCACAAAUCGGAGGUCUUUUGAGGAUUGUGAAUGGGGCUUAUCGGGGAUCAAAUGCAAGGUUAUUAGCAGUGGACACAGAGAAGUACUCUGCAAAGGUACAGAUAGAGAAGGGAAUUUAUGAUGGAAGGGUGCUUCAGGCAGUUGAGUAUGAAGAUAUUUGCAAAGUUGGGCAGUGAGAUUAAUGUUUAAUAUUCAACUAUAAAGAUCAGAAUUGAUUUUCUUGAUCCAUUGCAAAUGAAGAUUCACAACAUGUUCUUACUCUUUUUUGUAGUCUUUUCUUUAUUGUAUGCUGUAUUUCCUUUUAUAACUGAUGAUUUAGAAUCACAAUACUUCACAAAUGAAUAUUUUGAUGAAGCACCACAAAUUAAGAGGUUGGACUUUCCCUUGUCCUUUCAUCUUAAUAUCUCAUUGAAUUGUUUUUGUUAA